AUGUCAUGGAACCAAUUUGAGCCCUUGGCUCAUCUUCAAGACCGCAGAUCUCGAUGGUUCGCCAAUCGUCAUUCAAGACGCAGAAGAGCGAGAGAACACAAGAGAAAGGAGCUUCUCGAUUUCCAGCUUGCCACCCUAGACACUGAAUUGUCCACUCGCGUCGAUCAUGUCAUUGCAAAGCAUCAGCGCAACUCGAACGUCCAGCUACCAGCACUUGAUCCCUUCCCCAUGCAGAUGAUCAAGUGGGAACCUCCCAGGCUGUCUCCGGUGCACACUCCUACCGCUCGUCUCUGUCCUGUGUCCGAUGAAGAAUGGUCCAAACUCGAGAUCAUGUUCUUGUCGCCCAUCAAGAAGCCUACAGUCUUCCCAUCUCCACCGACUUCUCUCAUGACCACAGCUGAACUUGGCCUUUCCACGCCAUUGGCGCCCAGCAUGGGCACGCCCACUUUCGAAGCCAAUUCUCGAGCUGCUGUUGCCAGUUUGAGUCUUGCUCCAAUCAUAACACCAUGGAUGCCGGAAUUUCCCGUCGCUACACGUCUCCAGGACCCCAAUCUGGCUCUGGAUGAUCCGGAAGACGACGAUCCGUUCUCCCCAUUCGUGGCAGCAGAAUUGCCACACUUCCACGACAUUGACCCAUUCAAUCUGACCACUACCUCAGUCCGCGACAUUAAAUCGAGUAAGAACGAACUCUUUGGAUCAAAGCUACAGCCUACGGCGUGUACUCUGUAUCGUGAGAAGGUCGAUCAGAAUGCUGAGGAACAUACUCUGGAUUUCUCACAGUCGCUACGUAGUUGUGAAGAAGGCAGAAUGCCAGGUUUGGUGCCUGCUGAGCCAACUGCUACAUGGAACGUCACUCCUGAGGUCCAAUGGCUCGAUGAACCUGUUCUGGAUUGGCCAUACGAUGUCCUCAGCGACUGGAACAACGAGCCCUUCCUUGGCUGGGAUUGUGAGCCUGUUGCAGAUUACAAGUGCGAAAUUGCUGAUUGCCCUGAGGAUCUUGUCAUGGUCGAGCAUGAAGCCGAGACGUACGACUGGACCUUCCUGUCCAACAAAGAUGCAGUUCCAAGCAGUUGCGUUUCGAUCGCCAGCUCAGGGUUCUCCAGCGUCGAAGUCCUGCCAUUGCCUUUGAGAGAUUCUUUCAUGGGAGAGAGCUCAGCAUACGAAGAACCUGCACGCAAGCUGGCUGACGAUGACUUGGAGAUGCAUAGAGUGGUAAAGUCGGCCUGGGAGUCGGAGUCUGACUUCUGUAUUCCGGCCUUCUUCUGGGAGGGCGACAAGAGCUUGAGCGAGGAGGUGUUUGAGAGUGCUGUCUUUGCAGUGUACCCCCUGUGCAAAGAGGACGACAAGAGCUGGGACUGGUGA